AGGGUCAAUUCUCCAGUUGUAGAGGGGUGAUCCGGCCCUUCUGCCUUCUCUCUGUCUCCACGCUGUUGGAUCGCACCACUUCAACCUUCAUUCUGUGCUCUUCAGUUCUUUAUAACCACUAACAUUCACUGAUCUUGCUGGGGUUUUGUCUCUGUCCAUCUCUUCUUUCAUUUGGAUCAUUGAAUACCAACAACCAACUGACUUAAAAGAGACGCCAACCAGCAAGUAUGACGGACAAACCCGGCAUGCCAACAGGAGGCGGAGAAGAUGCGGGAGGCAUCAUGGCCUUGUUGGAGCGUGUGGCAGGCCUGAUGGACAACGUCCAGGCCACACAGCAGCGCAUGGAGGAGCGUCAGCUGGAGCUGGAGAACACAGUAAAAACCAUCCAGGCUGAUGUGGUCAAGCUGACCAAUGAUCACGCAAACACCAGCUCCACAGUCAGCCGGCUGCUGGAGAAGACCCGCAAGGUCAGCUGCCACAUCAAGGAUGUCAGGGUGCGCGUCGAGAACCAGAACCUCAGGGUCAAGAAAGUGGAGGCUACGCAGGGAGACCUGCUUGCCAAGAACAAGUUCAGGGUGGUCAUUUACCAGGGUGACCAGGAAGUUAAAGCUAUCACACCCGGUACCGAGACGGCAGAGUCCAGCGGUGGUGCUGCAGCAAGACAUGAAGUGGAACCGGACAAAUUUGAGCUUCCUCCAGAGUCAGACGAAGAGUACAUGGUUGUGGAGGAAGCAGUCUCUUCAGCGGCUGGCCGUAUGAAGAAGACAGGCCUGACACGCAUCGAGAGCUUCAAAGCCACAUUCUCCAGGGAGAACAUGAGCAAAACCCGUGAGAACUUGGGCACCAAGGUCAAUAAAUUUGGUGAGCGAAUUGUAACGGCCGAAAGGCGCGAGAAGAUCCGUCAGUCUGGUGAGAAGCUAAAGGAGACCUUCACCAAGACCGUCCCAGCAAAGCUGAACCUGAAGAAAGAGAGGACUGUGGCAGAGGGUCAGGAAGGAGCUGAGGGAGCUGCUGAGGCAGCUGUUCCAGUUCCUCCUCCUAAAGGCCGUAAGAGCAGCCCAAGUGCAGCCAGGGUGGCUGCAGAUGAGGGCAAAGCAGCCAAGUCUGAGGUGCCGAUGUACGACAUGAAGCAGCUGUCGUAAAACAGGACAUCUGACCAGUUUUCUUUGGACCUGAGAGACCACAGAAAGAUAGAAUGCAGGUGGUAUCUGCUAUCGAGCAGAGCUGGGUGGAUGAAGAGUCAUAUCUGUAGAACACUGUGGAAAGAGGCGAGCAACAAGUUGUGUGAUUCACCUUGACUGAAUGUUAAUAACAGAUUCCUGAACUCACUGGGAGUAUUGGUGCUGUGUGUUUUCAGAACAUUUACCAUCAAGCCCACCUGGUUUAGACGCUUUUGUUUUGUGUUUAUUGAACAAGCGAAGCUGUGUAUGAUGGAAAUGUCGUAGGACUUUAUCACAAGCUUCUCCUACCACACUGCUGCUGCUCGCUUGUUUGAAUGUAGAUGAAGUUGAAAUGUUGGAAGAUAAAGACAGAACAGGUUUGAGGAACGUUUUGUUCUGUGAUAUGUUGAAAAAAGGGAGAAAGUCCAGUAAAAUAAAGUGAAUUUCUAUGUUUGGAAAUAAAAGUCAGGACAGGAUGGUUUGCUCUUGCAGAGGCCUGUGUGGGUUCUCACAACUGAAGAAUUAAGAUGCUCAAUGAAAACCACCCAGAAUAUAGUUUGCACCAUCACAUUUGAAUCGGAUCUCAAUGAAAGAGGGUUAGGAAUCCAUUUAACUUUUUACUGAUUAGUUCCAUUUAGAGAUCUAUUUCUCAGUUAAAAUUUAUUUGCCUUAAAAGCAGUUAUGUUAUACUAUUUGUAUGUUGUAGUCUUACAGGCUGACAACCAUAAAAAAUAAUCAAACUUUCCCAGUCUUGAAGAAACACUGAGGAUGAGGGAGAGCUGAAGACAAGUGUAGCAGUGUUGGGCCUCCCCGUCAGGAUGUGCUGAGGUUUGUGUGUUUUGCUUUUAUUUUUUUCAGUAUUUAACAGCUGGUUGUGAUUUACGCGGCUGUAAAAGUGUUUUCCCCUCACAUAUAUCUUCUGUUUGUGCUUUUUGUCACACUACAGAUUCUAAUACAUAAGGUAACCUGAGUAAAUACAAAAUGAUGUUCUCAAAUGAUGAUUUCAUUUACUAACAGAAGAAAGAUAUCUAAACCAA